ACACGCGCAAUGAUAGCCGGAAGCACCGAUGGGAGGAAAAUAAAAAUCGAUGAAAUCCACUGUAAUUCGUGAGUGUAAACCUCUCACUUGCUGUCCUUUUCGCGAACGUAGGCUCGAAUAUAUCAGUCUUUUACACUGCCACGCUGCUGGAGGGGACGGCGGGCUGCAGAAAAGCUGCUCCAAUUGAACGAAGUUGCUCGGUAGGGGUUUAGCUGACGUGUGGAGAAGUUGAGACUGCCAGAGAGCAGAUAAACAAACAUAAACAAGCAGGGAUCAGCUGAGCGCCUGUCCGAACCGAACCAGCAGCACGGAGGGAUGUCCAGGAGGACGAGUUUCCUCUUUUGAGCCCAAGAAUGAUCCACAGGACACCGUGAUUUAUCCAGAUACUAGCUCCAUGUCAAGUGUCAACACUGGCACACAAAGAAUUUGGGAAACACAACACGAGGAGCAGCCGUACCUUUAGCAGAAAAUCCACUGCUCCUACACUCUCUUUGACAAGACAUAGCUAGGCUAGCAUGGACAACAAAUGAGUAUACCUUCCUGUUUUCAGCCGUAACGAAACAAAUACAUAUAACAGUGCGAGGAGACAGAGACUUGGAAUGAACAUGGCCCACCAGGCUACCCCUAGUUCCCAGAAGGCCCUGAUGAUGGAGCUGAAGUCUCUGCAGGAGCAGCCGGUGGAGGGUUUCCGCAUCACUCUGGUGGAGGAGUCUGAUCUCUACAACUGGGAAGUGGCCAUCUUCGGACCCCCAAACACCCUGUAUGAGGGAGGCUACUUUAAGGCUCACAUCAAGUUCCCAGUUGACUACCCGUACUCCCCGCCAACCUUUCGCUUCCUCACAAAGAUGUGGCACCCCAACAUCUACGAGAACGGAGAUGUGUGCAUCUCCAUUCUGCAUCCUCCUGUGGAUGACCCUCAGAGCGGGGAGUUACCCUCUGAGAGAUGGAACCCCACCCAGAAUGUCAGGACUAUCCUGCUUAGUGUGAUCUCUCUGCUCAAUGAGCCCAACACCUUCUCCCCGGCCAAUGUGGAUGCAUCUGUCAUGUUUCGUAAAUGGAGGGACAGCAAAGGCAAGGACAAGGAGUAUGCAGAGAUCAUCAGGAAGCAAGUGCUGGCCACAGCGGCGGAGGCUGAACGCGACGGCGUCAAAGUGCCGACCACGUUAGCCGAGUACUGCGUCCAGACCAGGGUCCCCUCUCAGGACAGUAGUUCAGACCUCCUCUAUGACGACCUCUAUGACGACGACAUGGAGGAGGAGGACGAGGACGAAGACGAGAGUGAUAUGGAGUCCGUGGGCGAGGCUGGGGGGAUCAGCGCUGCGGAAGACGGCGAGAUGUCCACCAGACGGUAUGACAACCAGGAUGACUCUGGAAAUGAAGACUCAUGAUGAUCUGAGUGAUUACUCCUCCCUGCCAACCCCCCCCCCCCAACCCACCAACAUCCCCUUUUGUUUUAUGUGUUUCGUUGUGUGUGUGUGUGUGUG